AUGGAAAUAUCAAGUCGGAAAGAGAAAGAAGAAUUUCGCAAUGAUGAAGAAAAUACGAGUUGUAUUCAUGGGGAUGAAGAGUUUAGGAAUUCUAAAACUUUUGAAGCACCCGAGGUCGGGAUGGAAUUCGAUGAUUCAAGGAGGAGAAGGCUUGGAGAUGAAGGUGAUGCUACGACUCUUUUGAAGAUGUUCUUGAAAAUGAAAGAGUGCAAUAGAGAUUUCUUCUACAAAAUUGAAAAUGAUGAUGAAAGCGAGUCAACGAACGUUAUAUGGAAAUUCAAGAAUCAUAAAAAGAAACAUGACUUACGAGAAGCUUUCAUAAGUGUUGUGUAUGAAAGCUUGACAACCGAGGAAUUUGAGAGGGUUUGGGAUAAAAUGUUUAAAGAUUUUGACUUAAAAGGUAAGAAGUGGUCGGUUGAAUUUUACGAAGGCGAGACAACGAAUAGAUUGCUGGUGAAUAACAAUGCACAAGUAGUUAUAGACAAGUAUUUGUUGAGACGUUGGAGGAAGGAUGUAGCUAGAAGUCAUAACAAGAUCACCACUGGUUUGUUCGGUAUUGAUGGGACGACACAACAUUUAUCUUCAAUUAGGAAGUUGGAAAAAACAUUCUAUGAAGCGACUGAUCUUGUCAAUUCUAAUGGGACAUUGAUGUUAUUUAUAAAGAAAUCAUUAAAUGACUAUUUGUCCACACCGAAAGAAAUGACCACCGGCAAUACUAGUGUUGAGAUGACGAGUAAUAACAAUGAAACCGAUGUUGUGGCUACUGAAGUGGUUGGUACACAAGAAUCCAUUGUGCUUAAGGAUCCAACUAUGGUAACCUCUAAAGGCAAUCCAAAGGGAAAAGGCUGGUUUUUAGACAGGAGUAUGAAUCCACUAAAGCAAGGAAAAAAAUAA